CCAAUCGAUUCCCAGAGUCACGCACGCACCCGAGCCCCACAAACCCCAUCCAGCUCCACUCCAAGAACCAUGGCGCGGCGGAGCGGCAUGUUCCUGCUACUCGCCGCGGCCGCCACACUCGCGGUCGUUGCGGCCGCCGCCGUGGCGCCGUCGUGCGAGCGCAUCGAGUGCCCGGCGUACGAUGUGGUGGACGGCGCCAACGGGUUCGAGAUCCGACGGUACACGGACGCCAUGUGGGUCUCCACCGCGCCCAUCGAGGACAUCUCCUUCGUCGACGCCACCCGCUCCGGCUUCCUCCAGCUUUUCAAGUACAUCCAGGGGAAGAACGCCUACAACGAGACGAUCGAGAUGACGGCGCCGGUGCUGACCAAGGUGGCGCCCAGCGACGGGCCAUUCUGCGCCUCCUCCUUCGUCGUCAGCUUCUACGUGCCGGCCAAGAACCAGCCGGACCCGCCGGCCGCCGACGGCCUGACCGUGCAGAGGUGGGCCGGGGCCAGGUACGCUGCCGUGCGCCGGUUCGGCGGCUUCGUCGCCGACGCCGACAUCGGCCAGCAGGCCGCGCUGCUCGACGCCAGCCUGCAGGGGACCAAGUGGGCCGCCUCAGUGUCCGACGGCGGCAGCGGCGCCGGUCCCGUGUCCUACACCGUGGCGCAGUACAACUCGCCCUUCGAGUUCAGCGGCAGGAUCAACGAGAUUUGGAUGCUCUUCGACGCCAAGGCAACGUCUUCUGACAUGUAAUGAGUAAGCUAGCUGUUGGUUAAAUCACUCGUAUAUAAGUAUAUAACCGAGAGUAUAUGUAUGCUUCUGAGACGAUGAAUAAUGGUAGUACUGGUACUAGCUUAAACUGCUUAAACGAAGAACUACUGUUUUGGGCUGUAUGAAUGCCAGCAAUAAAGUGCCUUUUUUUUGC